AUGGCAUUUUGGUUACCUCAAAAUAUACAAAAGCGGCUGCUUCUUUACGUCCUUCAGCAAAUUUCGCUGUUCUCCAAUAUAGAUUUAUCUAACUUGGACGUUUCUAUAGGGUCUAAGUCACAUUUCUCGUUCCAUGAUGUGAAUCUGUCACUUGAUGAUCUCAACAUUCCAAACGUGCAAAUAAACGAAGGCAUAGUUGACGAGCUUGUGUUAAAAUUAACAGUUUCUGGCGGUGUGGAAAUCGAUGGGUCUGGUUUAAGAUUUAUCAUGACACCUUUAUAUUCCAGUGGCUCACAGGAACUUCACUCAGAUUUUUUGGUUAAAAGCAUCCAAGAUCUUACGAAUUCGAUGUUACAAUUUAGUGAUCCAUUGACCACAUAUAAUAGGUACAAAGAAGAUGACAUUAGCUCUUCAGACAGUAGUAGUGAUCUCAACUCUAAUAUAGAAGCUUCAAAACCAGCCGCAAAUGGUUCUUAUACUCUUCAAAAUAUGCGGAACAAGGCCCUUAAUGUAGCCUUAGCGAAAUUGAAAAUAGCAUUAAAGGACGUUACCAUACGUUUCAUAGUGAAUGAUAGAGAUCCUUCCGAUAACAUUGUGGAGGUUCAUCUAGAAAGCAUACAACUUAUUACUACAGACGCAAAUUUACGACAUAUAAACAUUGAAAAUAUCACCAUUUCCUCAAUACAAAAACAAGCUGUACCCGACUCUCCUGUGCAUCCUUUCAAUAAUGACGAUCUGUCACAAAGCGUUUAUUUAUCAAAAAUGGAGGCUACUUCACUUUAUAUGAGCGCCAUGGAAGAGCAAUCAAAUGAAGACCCCAGUGAACCCCAAGUUACACAAGAAGAACAAGAGAAUGAUAAGUGCAAGGAAUCUUUAAUGGAAAUAAAUAAUUUGAACAUAGCUUUUAAGGGUUUAUCAUCGGUCAAUGAUCUCAGAAUGUCUAAUAUUGUUAUUGAUAUUCAGGAUGUUCAUUUAGCGAUACACAAAAUUGUCGAAAUCAAAAACUCCACUUUGAAGAAUAUUAUAGAUAUCAUUGUUACACAUUUGGAUGCCAAUGAAAGCUUUUCUUGCCAGGAUUCCCAAAGUCCUUCACCUGACAAGCAGGAACCAUCAGCUCUUUCUUCUGUUGAUAUCAAAUGUAUAUACUUAAACUUAGGCCAAGAUAUCACAGUAAUUUUGAAGAGCUUUAAAUUAGAGCAAAAGGAAAAUAAUUCAUUGGCAUUUUCUUUAGGCUCAUUUUAUUCUAAUUCGAGUCCAUUGACAAUUAGCCAUAAAACUAAGCCAUUGCUCACUGGAGAACAAACCCCUCAAAGCAUCGCAUUAAAUAUGGGCGACGAACUAGAUAUUAUUAUCAGUCAUGAUGGCAUUGCGCAUUUCUUUAAAAUCUUUCAGUUUGUUUCAAAAUGUAUGUCCUUUUAUCAGAAUAAGUCAAAAGGGAUGAUGCCUCAAAUAGCAUCGGAUACUAAAAGGACCGUACAACUUACCUCAAAAGCAGUGAAGUUGUCGCUUAAGUUUCCAUAUUUUUUAUUAUGUUUCCAGGUUUCACCCUUCAUUUACGACUCUAACCGUGAGUUGUACAUUGAGCUUGUAGACGUAUUUAAAAAACUACCUUCUCGGUGCACGAAAAUAUUGACAAUGUCGAGCAUUACGAUCUCGAACUUGCAAUCCCCUCUACAACUGGGUUCAUAUGACGAUACUUUGAAAGAAGCGCUAAUUUAUAGUUCUGUCCAUGCAAUCAUCAAAGAAGUGAUAUUUAACGAAGAAUAUUCUGGAAUAGUACAAUUAGUCGAAGAUAUUUCUGCGUUUGGAAAACUUUUCACGGAUUCAAAGAACAGUGAAUGUACAGGAAAGUCUAAAAGCAAGAGAGGCUCCUUUUUGCAGAGAAGUGUCAGAGUACUUAAUUCUUCCAGGUUCGUUUACAAGCAGAGUUUAUCCGCUAAUUUUUCUCUCAAGAUAGAUUCCAUGAAGUUAAAAGUAUCAGAAAUUAUAGGGCCGCAAUUUGGUUCUGUGGAAGCAUUACUAUCAAAUAAUUUCUUUGCGAUUACGGAUGACUCUCAAAUUGUAUAUUUUACAAAGAACUUAAAGGUAGAAAGAAAGACACCGUCAUUAUUAGAGCCACAAGAAAUCAUGUCAGUAGUUUUGAAUAAAGCAGUUAACGAACCUGUACUAUAUGUUCAUAGAAGGGCGAAUGGAAAGUUAAAAGUCAUUUUUAACAACAUUCGCAUACAUUACUAUGCAAGGUGGUUAGAAAUACUAAAGAAAAACAUCGGCCCGGAUAAUGCCAGUUCAAAAGAUGAACCUGUUUCACAAAAGCUUAGUAAAAAACAACCGACUUCAGGAUUUCCCUGGGAACUCAAAUGUCUGGACUGCUCUCUAAUUCUGCACCCUUUCAGAUUAAAAAGUGUAAUGGUCAUUGUACUUGACAAUCUAACAACUGGUGGAAGUUCAUUUAUUCCGCAGGCAAAGCUUCUUUCAAAGGCGAAUACACUCUUCCUAAUAGAUGACUAUCAGAAUUUCAAAAUUCAAAAAGAUAAGAACUGGCCUAGUUUGAUAAAUUUUUAUGCUGGUCAAGGUUUCUCUGCAAUCGGUAAAAUAGAUACUUUGAAUUUUUUAAUAAACAAAUCCGAUGGUGCCCUUUUAUUGGAUUGUAAAAUAGAACAAGUUGGUCUUUCAUUAUGCGCGGAUUCUUUUCAAACUUUUUGUCAGCUUUGUAUUGAUUUAAAAUAUCCUCAGACGUUUCCUGAUGAGGAAAAAUUUAGAACGCAGUUGAAAAAUCCUAUCGAUGUAUUCAAAGACAUCGAUUGUGAUCUUUUCAAUUCUGCCUUCAUCCGGGAGAACAAUCAUCAAAAUGAUUACGACUCAGUGCAUUUGGUAGACAGUUUUCUCGACAAAACUCACGAGUUCAACAAUGGUGCCAGAAGUAAACUAUCCUCUCAAGGUUCAUAUGAAAUGGACAGUUCCUCUGGAACUGCCACAGGUGGUAUUUUACUUCCCCAUGAGAGUUAUCUAGACUCUGCUCAGCCAAAAGAAGAAGAUACUCCACCAAUCGCCUCAAAAGAGCAAGAAAGGGAUGUGGAUAUAAGGGGUAGUAUAGAUGUCGAAAAAGUUGUUAUAAAACUAUUCGAUGGGUAUGAUUGGAAAUAUACGCGGAAAUUUAUCGCUAAUACUGUUGAAAAACUGGAUAAAGAGCUCAGUAAAGCGGAAGCAAGCAGUUCGAAAUCAAAUGUACCCCAAUCAGAGGCAAAUAUUUUUGACUCUAUUUAUAUAUCUGCUAACAAAAACAAUGUCACAGAUUUGAGAAGAAAUCUUGAUGGUGAGAUCCAGGGGGUUCAGAAUUCCUUCUCUGAUGUCUCUAAAGUUAAUUUGCGACCUUCUAAGCAUUACAAAGCCCUGAUUCAAUUGAACAAAGUACAUGUCAAUUUGAAGAAUUAUCGAGUAGAUGAACCCGAUGAGUCUAACUCUGAUAAUUCCACAGAUGUUUUGAACCGAUGUGUAGUUUCCAUUUACGAAUUUGAAAUUAUCGAUAAUGUUCCCACGUCCACCUGGAAUAAAUUUGUAACUUUGCUAAAGCACGAACCGUGGCCACACAGUUCUCCGAUGUUUCUUCUGGACCUGGAAUUUAUCCGGCCGAUCGACUUUUUGCAAGCAGUGGAAUUAGUCAUGCAAUUAAAUGUUGCGCCUUUACGCCUUCACGUGGAUCAAGACACUUUAGAGUUUCUAAUAAGGUUCUUAGGGUUCAAAGAUAAAAGAUUUGAAUUAAUUGAUGAGUAUCCAGAUAUUGUAUUUAUUCAAAAAUUUAGCACUAAUUCAAUUAAGUUAAGAUUAGAUUAUAAGCCGAAAAAAGUUGAUUAUGCGGGUUUAAGAUCGGGCCAAACUUCUGAAUUGAUGAAUUUUUUUACCCUUGAUGGAUCCAAGAUUAUUUUGAAAAGCGUAGUCCUGUAUGGAUUAAAUGGAUUCGAUGAAUUAAAUAAUAAACUGAAAGCCAUUUGGACGCCGGAUAUUACCAAAAAGCAGCUGCCUGGCGUUUUGGAAGGACUGGCUCCUGUCAGAUCGUUUAUGGCGAUUGGGUCAGGGGUGAAGACCCUAGUCACAGUACUAAUGUCAGAAUACAGGCAAGAAGGGCAUUUGGGAAGGAGUCUGAAAAAGGGUGGCAAUGUCUUCUUGAAAACGACAACGGGAGAUUUUGUGAAAUUGGGAGUUAAAUUAACUUCAGGGACACAGGCGAUAUUGGAGAACACCGAGGAACUAUUCGGUGGUGUUGGUUCCAAUGGCAGGGUGUACGAUGCAUCGAAAUUUGGCUCCGCUGAUGGUGCAGACAGUGAUACUGCAGCUGUAUUAGACUUGGAUACUUUAUUCGAGGAGGAUCAGUUAGUUGGUAGUAAAUAUUCCAGGAUAAGAGAUCAUGAGCCCACGGCAGUAGUCAUCGAUAUGUCUUCACCGGGAGAUCACAACGAACCCACAAUAGUGAGUCUGUACGCAGAUCAGCCCCUCGACCUGCCCACGGGUUUGAAGGAGGCGUAUAGUUCAUUAGAAAAGCAUAUGCAUAUUGCGUACGAUGCGGUAUGGAGGGCAAAGGGACAGAUGAAGGAUGAUAAACGGGGAGGGCCGAGCGCCGCAGCAGUUUAUGUUGCUAGAGCUGCACCUGUGGCAAUUAUUCGGCCGUUAAUUGGGGCCACUGAGGCAGUGUCUAAGACUUUACAGGGAAUAGCUAAUCAAGUGGAUAAGACGCAUAACGAGCAAAUCAAUGAUAAGUACAAGUCCAAUCGGACUGAUUCGUAA